CUCGAAGCUGCCAAGGAUGAGUCAAGCUGGCGCAUCCGCUGCCGGCAAGCCCAAGCGCAACCGCAACCACUGGCGCAAGAAGCGCAAGGAAAACAAACUGGACGAUGACAACUCACCGCCCCAAGAAGUGGAUAUCGGUCGACUAUCUGUCAAGGAGGGAAAACCAUCGACCCCACAUAAGAUCCGCCGUACUGACAGCAAGGAGGAAGUCAAGCCUGUAGCAGCACCACCUCCAGCUCCCAUUCCACGCAACUCCGAGACAACUUCUGUUUUGCACUUAAGCUCCGUGCCCGUGUCAUCUUUGGACAUCUCAGACUCGUCCAUGCGUGCCUUGACACAAGUGAUGAACUACGAGUUCCUCACAAAGGUGCAAGCCGCCACGCUUCCCGUGAUCCUCGAAGGAAAGGAUGUUCUGGCCAAGUCCAAGACCGGGACGGGUAAAACCAUGGCGUUCCUCCUGCCUACGAUUGAAGCGCUCCUUCACAAGACCUCGACUCCCUCGCCGACCAAGCGGGUCGUGUCUGCGCUCAUUUUAUCCCCCACGCGCGAAUUGGCGUCUCAAAUCGACGUGGAAGCAAAGAAGCUAUCGACGUUCCAUCCAUUCCGCGUGGCGUGCUUUGUCGGGGGGACGUCCAUGAACCAAGAUUUGCGCCGCUUGCGCCAUGCUGACGGCAUCGACAUCCUGGUGGCGACACCCGGUCGUUUGCAAGAUCAUUUGACUAACAACAACGAGGAUCUCGUCGCUCGCAUUGCUGCGAUUCAAGUGCUCGUGCUGGAUGAAGCCGACCGGUUGUUGGACAUGGGGUUUCGCCGUGACAUUGAAAAAUUGCUCGCGUUUUUGCCGACGCAGCGACAAACGUUGCUAUUCUCGGCGACGUUGCCCGAAUCAUUGGAUCAUAUCAAGCGGCUGGCGCUGAAGCCUGGCCACGUCUUCAUCGACACGGUCGGCGAAGAAGAACAGACAAACGCGCAUGUGAACCAGAGCGUGGUCACGUGUCCAUUUGAGGACCACAUCGCUGUCCUGGACAAGCUCAUGCACGCACAUAUCCAAGACUCGCCCGACGGAUUCAAGAUCAUUGCGUUUUUCCCGACGGCCCGCGCCGCCGGGUUCAUGGCACAGCUCUUCCUUGCGGCCAAGUAUCCGAUUCUCGAAAUGCACUCGCGCAAGUCGCAGUCCCACCGCACGAAAGCCGCCGACGUGUUCCGCACCCAAGACAACCAGAUUUUGUUCUCGUCCGACGUGUCCGCCCGCGGCGUCGACUAUCCUGGCGUCACACUCGUCGUGCAAGUGGGGUUGACGGACAAGGAACAGUACAUUCAUCGAUUGGGGCGCACGGGACGAGCGGGAAAGGACGGCCAAGGCAUCCUUCUCCUGUCGCCGUUUGAAAGUCCGUUUCUUAAGGAGCUCAAGGACGUGCCACUCACAGUACAAUCGCCGCCGGCGGGUCCCCCACCCCGCAUUGCCCCGAUUCUCGCCCAAAUGCAAACCAAGACCGACCUCCGCCUGGCAGCCGAACAAGCGUACCAAGCGUGGCUCGGAUUUUACAAUUCCAACAUGCGUCGGUUGCGCAUGGACAAGAUCCAGUUGGUCGAGAUGGCUGCUGACUACAGUCGCAUCAUUGGACUGGCAGAUGUCCCGGCGCUGCUCAAGAAAACGAUUGUCAAGAUGGGGCUACAGGGCAUGGGAUUAAAAGUCCAGCCGGAUCCUGCGGCAUUCAACAAACAGCGUGGCGGCCCAGCCCAAGGCGGACGUGGUGGCGAUGGACGACCUCCCCAUAGUGGACGAGGCGGCCGUGGCUCGAACCGACGAUAAGUACUAUCUCGAUUCGCCUCCGUACAAUCUUAUAUGCUGAAGGAAUGUAUCAAUAUUCCUGAUUGUGUCGCCGA